GCAGGAAGCUCGCGCCGUCACCCGCUCCCCGGACGCGUCCAGGACCCACUGCGCCGCGAGUCAUCCCCGGCCCCGGCGUGCGCCCCAGACACGGUGACUCCGGUCCGCGCGAGCCUCCUCCCCUCACUGCGACCCUACCAGGCCCCGCAGCCCAGCUGCCCCAGCCAUGGACGCCCCGGAGCCGCAGCCCGACCCCGACGGUGGGGACGGCCCAGGCCACGAGCCUGGGGGCAGUCCCCAGGACGAGCUGGACUUUUCCAUCCUCUUCGAUUAUGACUAUCUGAAACCCAUCGAAGAAGAACAGAACGCACAUAAGGCCAUCAGCUCACCCUCCGGAAUCGCAUACCCGGAUGAUGUCCAGGACUAUGGCCUCAAGCCUGUCAACCCCCUUGCCAGUUUCUCUGGCGAGCCCCCCGGCCGGUUUGGAGACCCGGAUAGGAUAGGGUUCCAGAACUUUCUGAGUCCGGCCAAGCCAGCAGGGGCUUCGGGCCCGAGCCCUCGGAUCGAGAUCACUCCAUCCCACGAACUGAUGCAGGCAGGGGGGGCCCUCCGUGGGAGAGAUGCCGGCCUGCCCCCAGAGCAGCCGGCCCUGGCCCUGGCCGGCAUGGCUGCCAGCCCGAGGUUCACACUGCCCGUGCCCGGCUUUGAGGCCUACCGCGAACCGCUUUGCUUGAGCCCCGCUAGCAGCGGCUCCUCUGCCAGCUUCAUUUCUGACACCUUCUCCCCCUACACCUCGCCCUGUGUCUCGCCCAAUAACGCCGGGACCGACGAAGUGUGUCCCCAGUUUCAAAACAUCCCUACUCAUUAUUCCCCCAGAACCUCUCCAAUAAUGUCACCUCGAACCAGCCACGAGGACAGCUGCCAGGGCCGACACUCGCCCGUGCCCCAUCCGGCAUCCCGCUCCUCCUCACCCGGUGCCAAGCGGAGGCAUUCGUGCGCAGAGACCUUGGUUGCCCCUCUGCCCACAUCCUCACCCCAGCGCUCCCGGAGCCCCUCGCCACAGCCCUCGCCUCACGUGGCACCCCAGGACGACGUCAUCCCCGCUGGGUACCCUCCCACGGCUGGCUCUGGUGUUCUCAUGGAAGCCCUCAACAGCCUGGCCACUGACUCGCCCUGCGGGAUCCCCUCCAAGAUAUGGAAGACCAGUCCUGACCCGACUCCCGUGUCCACUGCCCCGUCCAAGGCGGGCCUGGCCCGUCACAUCUACCCAGCUGUGGAGUUCCUGGGGCCAUGUGAGCAGGAGGAAAGGAGGAAUUCCGCUCCUGAGUCCAUCCUGCUGGUACCACCCAGCUGGCCCAAGCAGCUGGUGCCAGCCAUUCCCAUCUGCAGCAUCCCUGUGACUGCAUCCCUUCCUCCACUAGAGUGGCCACUCUCCAAUCAGUCAGGCUCCUAUGAGCUGCGGAUCGAGGUCCAGCCCAAGCCCCAUCACCGGGCCCACUAUGAGACGGAGGGCAGCCGUGGUGCUGUCAAAGCCCCGACAGGAGGCCACCCUGUGGUGCAGCUCCAUGGCUACAUGGAGAACAAGCCCCUGGGACUUCAGAUCUUCAUUGGGACAGCCGAUGAGAGAAUCCUUAAGCCACACGCCUUCUACCAAGUACACAGGAUCACAGGCAAAACCGUUACCACCACCAGCUAUGAGAAAAUUGUGGGCAACACCAAGGUCCUGGAAAUCCCCCUGGAGCCAAAGAACAACAUGAGGGCCACCAUCGACUGUGCCGGCAUCCUGAAGCUUCGGAACGCCGACAUCGAGCUGCGGAAGGGCGAGACAGACAUUGGCAGGAAGAACACGCGAGUGCGCCUGGUGUUCCGCGUGCACGUCCCGGAACCCAGUGGCCGCAUCAUCUCCCUGCAGGCGGCAUCCAACCCCAUUGAGUGCUCUCAGCGCUCUGCCCAUGAGCUGCCCAUGGUGGAGAGACAAGACGUGGACAGCUGCCUGGUCUACGGGGGCCAGCAGAUGAUCCUCACGGGCCAGAACUUCACUGCUGAGUCCAAGGUGGUGUUCAUGGAGAAGACCACAGAUGGGCAGCAGGUUUGGGAGAUGGAAGCCACGGUGGAUAAAGACAAGAGCCAGCCUAACAUGCUUUUUGUUGAGAUCCCCGAGUAUCGGAACAAGCAUAUCCGAGUACCCGUAAAAGUGAACUUCUACGUCAUCAAUGGAAAGAGAAAACGAAGUCAGCCACAACACUUUACCUACCAUCCAGCCCCUGCCAUCAAGACGGAGCCCGAUGAGUAUGACCCUUCUCUGAUCUGCAGCCCUGCCCAUGGAAGCCUGGGGAGCCAGCCGUAUUACCCACAGCACCCAAUGCUGGCCGAGUCCCCCUCCUGUCUCGUGGCUACCAUGGCCCCCUGCCAACAGUUCCGCUCGGGGCUGUCAUCCCCCGAUGCUCGCUACCAGCAGCAGAGCCCCGCGGCAGCUCUCUACCAGAGGAGCAAGAGCCUGAGUCCAGGCCUGCUGGGCUACCAGCAGCCGGCCCUCCUGGCAGCACCCUUGGGCCUGGCCGAUGCCCACCGCUCUGUGCUGGUGCAUGCUGGUUCUCAGGGCCAGAGCCAGGGCUCUACCCUGCCACACACAUCCUCGGCUACCCAGCAGGCCUCGCCCGUGAUUCACUACUCACCCACCAACCAGCAGCUUCGUGGUGGGGGGCACCAGGAGUUUCAGCAUAUCAUGUACUGUGAGAACUUCGGCCCUGGUUCAGCCAGGCCUGGCCCACCUCCCAUCAACCAAGGCCAGAGGCUGAGCCCAGGCUCCUACCCCACGGUCAUCCAACCACAGACUGCCCUGAACCACAGAGCUACCAAAAACGGACCCCCAGUCAGUGACCAGAAGGACGCUAUGCCCACUGGAGUGACAGUCAAACAGGAACAGAACCUGGACCAGACCUACCUGGAUGACGAACUGAUAGACACACACCUUAGCUGGAUACAAAACAUAUUAUGAGACCGAGUGACUGGUCUUUGAUCCGAGAAAUCAAAGCGAAAGUUAAUGAAAUCAUCAGGAAGGAGUUUUCAGGACCUGCCCCCCGAAAUCAGACCUAGAACAGCCAUUAUCGCAAGACGCCUUCCAUCUGGGACCCCUUCUGUCUCCCCCUGUCUUCUCUGACUGGAACACUGUGUGUGGGCACAGCAAAGGCUGUUGGUGUAGGAGCCUGCUGCCUCUCAACGCUUAGCUGAGCUGUUGUCCAUGGUGACUGGAUGAAAAAGCCACUGCCUGCUGACCAAAGCCCCGUUCUCAACUCACCAGGAAGCUGAAUUUGCCAGAGACCCGGAAGCUGGCCUCGGGGAGAGAGCUGGGGAACUUCGAUAGAGCCCCAGCCCACGGACAUGGCUCCUCUCUCUCUUGAAGGGUGUUUAGACAGAGCAACCAAAAGAACGUGGCCCAAGAGCCCAACUUUUGGGCUCAAGAACCCCAGGUCUCUGUAGGAGCCAAAACCGGAGCGUCUCAUCUCUGCCCCAGCUGGGCCAUAGCAGGGCUUUGUUUGUUUUCAGUCUUUUUCCGAAGCCAAACUGCCUUGCCCUGACAGGACCACCUGUUCCAACUCCCGGCCUUAAGUUAUAACCCAUGUACGUUGUUUGCCAGCUUCUGGGCCUUUGUUUUGUUUUUCUCUGCUUCAAAGAGCCAACCAAGGAGUCCGCAGGCUGGGCCCUCUCAGCCAGCUACUCCCUAACCCUGCUGCCUGCACCAGACCUCUGGUGGGAUCCAGCUCGGGCUGCCUGUUGAGAACAAAGCUUCCAAAGGCUCCUCUCCACCCUCCUCCCAGACAGAGCCUCCUCCUCCCCGGAGCUGGAAGAACCUUCUGGGUCCUUGCAUUGACUGUUACAGAGCUGAAGCCACCUAACCCAAUCAAAACCUGCAGGUGUUUGUCAUGAUUGCCACCAAACAGAACGACGGGGCUGAAAUCUCCCCCUACCCUAAACUCAAAAGCCGGAGCGCGCUGGCAUAGCCCCAUUAUUCUGUUUCUUACCUGGAU